AUGGCCGCGGCGGGGACGGAGCUGCCCGGCGGCAACGCCAGCGCCAACCAGAGCGCCGCCGAGCCCACGGUGUCGCGGGACGUGUGGAUGGUGGGCAUGGGCAUCCUGAUGUCGCUGAUCGUGCUGGCCAUCGUCUUCGGCAACGUGCUGGUGAUCACGGCCAUCGCCCGCUUCCAGCGCCUGCAGACCGUCACCAACUACUUCAUCACCUCGCUGGCCUGUGCCGACCUGGUCAUGGGGCUGGCCGUGGUGCCCUUCGGCGCCUGCCACAUCAUCAUGGAGAUGUGGAAGUUUGGGAACUUCUGGUGCGAGUUCUGGACCUCUCUGGACGUGCUGUGCGUCACGGCCAGCAUCGAGACCCUGUGUGUCAUUGCUGUGGACCGGUACUUCGCCAUCACCUCCCCGUUCAAGUACCAGAGCCUGCUGACCAAGGGCAAGGCACGUGUGGUCAUCUUGGUGGUGUGGGUGGUGUCGGGCCUGACCUCCUUCCUGCCCAUCCAGAUGCACUGGUACCGGGCAGACCACGAGGACGCCAUCCGCUGCUACCAGGACGAGAUGUGCUGCGACUUCUUCACCAACCAAGCCUACGCCAUCGCCUCCUCCAUCAUCUCCUUCUACGUGCCCCUCGUGGUCAUGGUCUUCGUGUACGCCAGGGUCUUCCAGGUGGCCAAGAAGCAGCUGCAGAAGAUCGACAGGAGCGAGGGGAGGUUCCACACCCAGAACAAGGAGCAGGAGCAGAAAGGGGGAGCCGGGCACCGCCGCUCCUCCAAGUUCUUCUUGAAGGAGCACAAGGCCCUCAAAACCCUGGGCAUCAUCAUGGGCACCUUCACGCUGUGCUGGCUGCCCUUCUUCAUCGUCAACAUCGUGCACGUCAUCCAGGACAACGUCAUUCCCAAGUACCUGUACAUCCUCUUGAACUGGCUGGGCUACGUCAACUCCGCCUUCAACCCCCUGAUCUACUGCCGGAGCCCCGACUUCAGGUACGCCUUCCAGGAGCUGCUGUGCCUGCGCAGGUCCGCCCUCAAGAUGUACGCCAACGGCUACUCCAACAGCAACGGCCGCAGCGACUACAACGAGGAGGACACCGGCUACCCCCUGGCCCCGGAUAAAACCUGCCAGCUGCUCUGCGAGGAGGGCUCCUUCCCUCGCCCCGAGCACUUUUUGCACGGCAAAGAGAUCCCCGGAUGCCCAGGAAUGGUGGAGAGCUGAACCAACCUCUGUUCCUCACCGCCCUGAGCUGUGAGGGCUCCGCAGAGAUGGAGUGGGGGCACAGCUUCUCCUCCCUGAGCCAGGGGAUGCUGUGGGAAGUGACUGCCUUGGCAAGGUCCUCAUCCCAACCCAUCACCCACCACGCAGCACCUCCAGGAGAAGCUGGGCAAGGACCACCACGGGACCAGGAGAGGCUCUGAGAGCCUUGGAGGACACCAGGAAGCCACAGGAACUGAAGGAGGUGGUUUGGACAUUUAUCCAAACCAUGACAAACGUGCUGAGGGGUUUUCCCCUUGGAAAAGCCUUUGCAGAUGGGAGCACCAGGCGCAGUGUGGGCUCCAGCUGGAUUGGAAGAGGCACAGCCAGGUCUCACAGCAGGUCAGGAGCCCAGCAGGGUCAUGGCAGCCUGUCCUCUGCUGGGUGGGGAUCCAGGUGCAGCAGAAUCUGUCCAAGACCAAGAGACAGGAGCAUGGAAGAUUCCUUCGAUUUAUUCUGUGCUUGUUUCUCCUUCUGGUGUCUUCUCUGUCUACCUCUUCUCCUCUAAGAGCAUGGAGGGCCCUGACUGUCCCCAAGGAACAGCAGGAUUGGCGCAGGGCAGGAAUGGGGCCUUUCUUCUCUCCUUGCUCCAAAAAAAUCUCCAACUGCCCUGCCUUGGCAAGGCUGGGACCUGGCAAUCCUUCUCCUUGCAGGAAGUCCCAUUUCAGCAGGACCAGCCACCCUUGGGAGCCAGGAUUUCCCACCUGAGGCUCAGAAUGAGACAGAGCAUCCAUGGCAGAGCAUCCAUGGAAGAACAUCCAUUUCACAACAUCCAUGGCACAACAUCCAUGGCACAACACCCAUGGCACAGCAUCCAUGGCACAACAUCCAUGACACAACAUCCAUGGCACAACCAUGGCACAAAAUCCAUGGUAGAACAUCCAUGGCACAACAUCCAUGGUAGAACAUCCAUGGCACAACAUCCAUGGCAGAGCAUCCAUGGCAGAGCAUCCAUGGCACAACAUCCAUGGCAGAGCAUCCAUCCCUCUCCUGCAGCUGUGGGAAGGAGCACACCAAACUCUUGACUUUGGAUUGUGGAAAACUCACUAAGCAGAUGAAGAGAUGGAGUGACUUGUGGCCUCAGGCAGAAAACAGCAGGAAAAACUGGCUGGAAACCAUAAAAACAUGCACCUUGGACUGGCAGGUGGUGGCCCAGCUGCAGCUCUGUGGUCACUGAGCUGGUACUGAACUGUGGGAGCCCCAUCUCAGACCUUCCCCUCGGGCUUCCAGCUGCAGAACUUUCCCUCCAGUGCAAUCCUAUUUAUUUAUUUAUUGUGAAGCUGCUAAAGGAGCCCCCUGCAAGGCCAGGCUGGGCAGGGCUUGGAGCCACCUGGGACAGUGGAAGGUGUCCCUGGCCAUGGCAGGAUGGGAAUUAAAUGAUCUUUAAUGAAUUGAAUGGUCUUUAAUGAAUUGAAUGAUCUUUCAUUAAUUUAAUGAUCUUUAUUGAAUUGAAUGGUCUUUAAUGAAUUGAAUGAUCUUUAAUGUCCCUCCCAACCCAAACCAUUCUGGGACUCUGUGAUUCCAUGGGGAGCAAUCCCUGGCAAGGACAAGUGCUCAGCUCAGCCAAGCCCAGCUUACUCUGGCAGUGGGGAUGCUCCAGUAUUGCUGUGGAAUUGUACUGGGAACGUGUGGGGAAUGGGGAACUGAGCUCUGCCCUGCCUGGCAUCCCAGCCAGGGGCUGGGGGCACACGGGGGGCUGGCA